CCCACGGCACUGAUGACAACUCCAAAAGUCCCAUCAAGUGAAGGGACAUGCCCAAGGAACUGUGACACACCCUCCUCCAGCCAGCCGUCAAGCUCAAAAAUGGAGAACUACGAUGAGGAAUUUGCCAUGAUGGUCAAGCAAUUCCGGAAGUUCAAGAAGUUCUUCAAGAAGGCUGACUCAGUUAGAAGGCCGUCCAAGGGAAAGCCACAGGUAAGUGACUCUCCUCCUGAAUCUUAUUUGUGUUACAACUGCAGGAAGCCUGGCCACUGGAAGUCAGCAUGCCCGUACCCAAAGGUCGAAAAGUACGGAGAAAGAGAAAGGAAUGAGAAGAAAAAGAAGGCAAUGGUUGCUGCUGAAAGUGAUGAGUCAUCCAGCUCAAGCUCGGAUGAAGAAGCCCUCGUUUGCAUGGAGCGCAGAGCUGAGAGGUCCAACCAUGAGGACAGGUGGACUAUGUCAGAAGAUGACACUCUCUGCCUAAUGGCCAAAGAUGAUGCUAAUCAAGAGUUCAAAAAGAUGAUGGAAGAUUUUGAGGAAAUAAAUCUCAAACAUUCAUCCUUAACAGAAGAGAACAAGUUGUUACGUGAAGAGAAUCUCAAGUUGACUGAAGGUCGGAAAAGUCAACUAAAUGAGAUCACUCAACUUAAAGCUGAAAAUGAAUCUCUCUCUGAAAAGGUGAAAUCCCUUAAUAAAGAGCUAGGGAUACUUAAGUCCAAAGAAGCAGUGGACAAGCUUCUUGAAACGACCAAACAUAAGGGCCGUGAAGGACUUGGGUUUGACCCCUCCAGUUCCAAAAGGAAAGGGAGAACAACUUUCAUCCCUCCUAAACCUACUUUCAAACCAAAUAAGCAGAAAGAAAAGGAAAAGGAGAAACCAACAGAAGUUCCCAAAAAGGAAGCCGCUAAGUACCCAGGUGUCUGGUACUUAGACAGUGGCUGUUCAAGACACAUGACGGGUGAUGCGAGCCUUUUGAGCAAUCUAAUUCCCUAUGAUGGUCCAAGAGUUACUUUUGGAGGAAGCAAUGAUUUCGGGCUCACUAAAGGGCUAGGAAAUCUGGUGUACAAGGGACUAACCAUCCAAGCUGUAUCUUAUGUUGAAGGUCUCAACUAUAACCUUCUUAGCAUGAGUCAGUUUUGUGAUAAAGGUCACUCCUUGGAAUUCUGCAAGGACAUGGCAUCUCUCAAGAACAUCUCCACAAAUGAAGUCAUUCUCACUGGGAAGAGAAUCAGGAACAUCUAUGAAGUAAUGUGGGACAAUGUCAAGGAAGCAUGUCUAAUCAGCAAAGCCGCUCAAGAACUCUCCGAAUUUCUUCAAAUGGAGAUUCGCCUCAAAUUCGAGGAAGAAGUUCUUGAAUUCUACAAAAAUGGAGAAGUCAAAACUGCUCAUUCAAAGAAGGACCCACAGAGGACGUUUCCAGUCAUCAAGUCCACUGUUGGAGGCACAAAAGUGAAGCUUUCGCAGAAGAAAUUGGGAGAAAAGCUUCGCCUUCCAAAUUCUGGAGUUGAAAUUGGGAAAUUUCCAGUCAAAAAUCUGGACUGGAACAUCAUUGGAAUCUCUGGGCAAGUUCCUUCUGGCACAGCGAAGAAAGCAGAUCUAAACAACGAUUACAAGUUGGUUUUAGAACUAGUCAUCGCCUGCCUCGAAUGUGGGAGUGGAGGUCAUGCCGAUGACAUCACCCAGGAGAGAGCCUUCAUCAUCAACUCUCUCAUUACCAAAACUAAGGUAAAUUGGGCUGCACACUUUUUCAAAUCCAUCUCAAAACAUCUGGGAAAGCACAGAGAAAACAGAGCUAGUGCUAGUGCAACUGCAGAAGAAAGCUCAUCAGACAAUGUUCCACUCAUCCAUAUGGCAAAGACUGCCAAAAGGAAGCAAGUGGUGUCUCCCUCCAUUAGUGUUGAAGCACCACAGAACCUUGCUCUGGUAAAUGUGGAAGAAGAAGAAGAAGUCUCUGUGCAAGGAGAACUUCAGAGGAAGAAGAAGAGGAAACUCUCCUCUCCCUCAACAUCUGGAUAUGUCAACUCGGAUAAGUUGAAGGAGAAGGAACUUGCUGAGGAAACCUCUACCCACAACCGGAGUCCUCAACAACUUGAAGAAGAAAUUCCUCAAGUCCAAAGCCUUCCAACCUCCUCACCUCAACCUCAAAUGGAUGAUGCUGAUAACCAAUUCUGGCAGCUCUACUAUGAUUGGAGAGCAUGUAAAGUUGGAAAUUCAGCAGAGCAACUGAUGGAUUGGGACCAACAGCUGAAGAAUGAGAAGAUCAUCAAGAAAUGCUUAGGAAUACCAGUCAACCAUAGCUGUGAAGAAAUCUUGGACGACUACUGGGUAUGGCAAAGGAACCAUGAAGACCUGCAUCUGGAAUACCUAGCCAACUCACCAAUUUCAGAAUUUGAAGUAGAUGAUGAAGACCCUUCAGUCUACAAACCAGUCUUCUCUAAAGCCAGAGAAGAACAGGUGGCUCUCACUUCUGAAGCACAAGCAGUUUUGGAAGCUACAGCUGAGGACUUCCAAACAUUUCCGGAAGCCUCACCUGCCUUUGAAACGGAAACCUCACCUGCUCUUCAGGAAACCUCACAUGCUUCUGAAAUGGUUCUGACUGAAGCUAUCCAAAAGAAAGCAGCCUCUCCCCCACAAGAACAGAACCAGGAAACAGCAGCAGAAGAAGAAUUUCAGCAACUAAUCCAAUCUCAAGUUUCAGAGAUUCUCACAACUCCUUGUGAGAUCUCCAAUCCUACUGAAACUGAGAUCCCGGAGAAGUUAGCAGAAAUUCUGGAACAAUCAACUUUUCCAGAAACAAAUGAAGAGGAGCAAGCUGUAGAAGUCCAAAGGAAUUCCGGAGAAGCUGAAAAGGAAACUCAAAUGGCAGAAGUGGAGGUAACCAAUUUUCAUUUCCAUAGCUCUUCCACCCCUAUCCUUCCGGAUAUUGUAUCGGAAAUCUGGACAAAGAAGGUCCAAGGGCUGAUUGAAUCAGCCCUAGCAUCUCAACAUGCCUCCUUUAGGCAAGAGGUAGAGCAAAUGGAAGCCAAGUACACCAAGCUUAUAGAGAAAUCUGAAGAGAAGCACAACACAGAUCUCAAAGAGAUAAGCAAAUCAGUGCACAAAACUCUGGAGAUUAUCUCUCUACUGAGUAACACUGUGAGCAACACGAUGGAAAUAUAUGCCUCUGACAGUCAACUUCAAUUCAAAGAGUUCAACAAAGUCAAAGAGCAAAUAGCGAGUGUCACAGUUGGUCUACAAAAACAGAUGUCCCUUCUCCAAAUGGACAUCAGAUCAGCCCUAGCAGUAGCUUCUGCUAAUCAGGUAGUGACCAAAGACUACUUGAAGGUGAUCAUUGACAAUCAAAAGGAAGCACACAAGCUGUUCAGACUUAUUGGCGCAAAUUCUAGGAACCGCAUGAUGGAAGUAAUUCUCCAACAACACAGUCCAUCUCCAAUACCACAUCUCCCUAUUGCAAUCAAAGAAGGAGAAGCAUCUUAUAUUCCCUCUCAUCUGAACAUGACAAAUCUAAUCCUUGAAGCACAGCAAAGAAAUCCGGAAAACUCAGCCCAGCAUCUAUCCAGCUCAGGACUGGAUGGAACAGAAUUCAUAGGUACAGUUGUUGACCACUUCUCAAAUGAUGCUCAAUCAAAGGAAAGACGCAACAACCUAAGGCGAAUCAAAGAACUAUGUGGAAACAUGAAGGGCAUUAGUGAAGUUGCCGGAUCUUCAAAACGCAAGAGGAAUUGAAGGUUCUUUUCAUCAAACCAGGGGGAAAGUUUGUGAAAACACUAAUUUGCUUUGAUGAAAACACCUUCCUGUUGAAAACACCUUCCUGUUUAAACAUUGCUUGAUUGGUUUAAACAUUGCUUCAAUAUCUCUCUUAAUUAUACUUAUUAUGCUUAUCUCAAGUAUGAUUUUGAAAAUUUGUUUUCUGAAGCGCAUACAUUUAGGGGGGAAUGAAAUUCAGGGGGGACU